ACAAUUGCAAUCUCCUCUCAGAAAAUUUCAAGAACCCUAAAAACCCUAACCGUUCAAUUCACACUCUAAGCUUUCGAUAAUUUCCCAGAAGAUGUUGGAGCUUCGUUUAGUUCAAGGUUCUCUACUAAAGAAGGUUCUAGAAGCGGUCAAAGAUCUUGUGAACGAUGCGAACUUCGACUGUUCAAGCACAGGGUUCUCGCUUCAAGCUAUGGAUUCGAGUCACGUCGCGUUGGUGUCUCUUUUGCUGAGAUCCGAAGGUUUUGAGCAUUAUCGGUGCGAUAGGAACCUCUCUAUGGGGAUGAAUCUUGGUAACAUGUCUAAGAUGCUGAAAUGUGCUGGAAAUGAUGAUAUCAUCACUAUCAAAGCCGAUGAUGGUAGCGACACUGUGACGUUCAUGUUUGAGAGUCCCACGCAAGAUAAGAUUGCUGACUUUGAGAUGAAGCUGAUGGAUAUUGACAGUGAGCAUUUAGGAAUACCUGAUGCUGAGUACCACUCAAUUGUGAGAAUGCCAUCUGGUGAAUUUUCCAGGAUAUGCAAAGAUCUCAGUAGUAUUGGUGACACAGUUGUGAUCUCUGUGACGAAAGAAGGGGUGAAGUUUUCUACAGCAGGUGAUAUCGGGACAGCAAACAUUGUGCUCAGGCAGAAUACUACUGUCGACAAACCUGAAGAUGCUAUUGUGAUAGAGAUGAACGAGCCUGUUUCGCUUUCAUUUGCAUUGAGGUACAUGAACUCCUUCACAAAGGCUACUCCAUUGUCGGAAACUGUGACGAUCAGUUUGUCCUCUGAGUUACCGGUCGUGGUGGAGUACAAGUUGUUUUCUGGAUUUACUAUGUUAAGGCAACGGUGCGAUAGGUACAUCUUCAUGAUGAAUAGCAUGUCCAAGCUUUUGAAAUGUGCUGGGAAAAAUGACAUCAUCACUACUAAAGCUGAUGGCGGCAGUGACACUGUCACCUUCAUGUCCGAGAGUUCCACACAAGACAAGAUUGCAGACUAUGAGCUGAAGCUGAAGCUGAUGAGUAUCGUCAGUGUGCAUGUACGUAUACCAGUUCCUGAGUACCACUCAAUUGUGAGAAUGCCCUCUGGUGAAUUUUCCAGGAUAUGCAAAGAUCUAGGUAGUUUCAGUGACACAGUUGUAAUCUCUGUGAUGACAAAAGAAAGGGUGAGGUUUUCAACAGAAGGUGAUAUCGGAACAGUGAGCAUUGUACUGAGGCAGAAUACAAAUGGGGACAAACCUGAAGAUGCUAUUGUGAUAGAGAUGAACGAACCUGUUUCGCUUUCAUUUGCAUUGAGGUACAUGAAUCUCUUCACAAAGACAACUCCAUUGUCAGAAACUGUGACAAUCAGAUUGUCCUCGGAGCUACCAAUCUUGGUGGAGUACAAGGUGGCUGAGAUGGGUUACAUUUGAUACUACUUGGCCCGUAAGAUUGAAGAAAAAGAAGACACAAAGCCCUAAAACACGUUUGUUUGCUUUUACAGUUUGGAAAAAAAUCUGUUUCACACU